GAAAAGAGGCGGAGCAGAGAACGAGACAGCGAGAAGCGACGCUGCGACAGGCAGGAAGCGUCCCGAAACGCGACCAGUCUCGUCUCUGCCCACUGGUGGAUAGGGAUCCUCGCCCUCGCCCUCGUGCCCAGCACCCCACCCCACCGCAGCCAGAGUUCCCAAACCCUCGCCUCGCUCGCUCGCUCCGAUCGCUCCCGGCCCCGGUCCCACCCUCGCGCGGAGGAGAGCAGGGGCCCCAGGGCCUCUCGGGCGGCGACCCCGUGGCGCUCCUGCGCGGCUGCUUCUCGUUCGGGUCGGCGGGGCGGAGGAGGCCCAAGGCCUCGCCCUCGCCCUCCCCGCCGCGCUUGUCCCCCGCGGCGGCUGCAGCGGCAGCGGCAGCGGACGACGCGGGCAAGAUGAAGGGCCUCUUCAAGUCGAAGCCGCGGACGCCCGCCGACGUCGUGCGGCAGACGCGCGAGCUCCUCGUCUUCGUCGACCUCCACUCCGGCUCCCGGGGCGGUGACGCCAAGCGGGAGGAGAAGAUGACAGAGUUAAGCAAAAAUAUCAGGGAGUUGAAGUCUAUUCUUUAUGGCAAUGGUGAAUCAGAGCCUGUCACUGAAGCUUGUGUGCAACUGACCCAAGAAUUCUUCAAGGAGAACACUUUACGACUAUUAAUUAUAUGUCUUCCAAAACUGAACUUGGAGACCAGGAAAGAUGCUACUCAAGUUGUUGCAAACUUGCAAAGACAGCAAGUAUCCUCAAAGAUAGUUGCAUCUGAGUACCUAGAGUCAAAUAAAGAUCUCUUGGACAUCUUAAUUUCUGGGUAUGAGAAUAUGGACAUUGCUUUACAUUAUGGUGCCAUGUUGAGGGAAUGUAUCCGCCACCAAAGUAUUGCAAGGUAUGUUUUAGAGUCUGAACACAUGAAGAAGUUCUUUGACUAUAUACAGCUUCCAAAUUUUGACAUAGCUUCGGAUGCUUCUGCUACCUUUAAGGAACUAUUGACAAGGCAUAAAGCAACGGUGGCUGAAUUUCUCUCCAAGAAUUAUGAUUGGUUCUUUGCAGAAUUCAACUCCAGGUUGUUAUCAUCAACCAACUACAUAACAAAAAGACAAGCUAUCAAGCUAUUGGGAGACAUGCUUCUGGAUAGAUCAAAUUCUGCAGUCAUGAUACGCUACGUGAGUUCGAAAGAUAAUCUUAUGAUCCUGAUGAAUCUCUUAAGGGAUUCAAGUAAAAAUAUUCAAAUUGAAGCGUUUCACGUGUUUAAGCUGUUUGCUGCAAAUAAAAACAAACCUGCUGAGGUUGUAAACAUACUAGUCACAAAUAGAAGCAAGCUUCUUCGGUUUUUUGCUGGGUUCAAGAUUGACAAAGAGGACGAGCAGUUUGAGGCAGACAAGGAGCAGGUGAUAAAGGAAAUAUCUGCACUUUAGUGUAUCUGUGUAUCCAGUGUUCUGCUUAAGUGGCCUCUGGUGGACUAUUUUGUAUGUAAUCCCCCACGAGAGGCUUUUGCAUGAAUCCACCACAAGGACACGUCUAGCCGCGGUGCGUAUUAUUUGUUAUGAUUUUUCAGUUAUUGACAAAGCUGCAUGUGUAAUAAUAUAUAUCUGCAUAUUAUUGUGUUGAAUUCACACACCGUUUUGACUUGUA